AUGGUUUUGCCGAGGACAUCGGCGCCUAGUGUACGUACUGUUCCUAAUGAAGAUUCUAAAAUUAAUAUGUACAAUGAAGAUGGCCUAUUACCCAUUCAUAAAGCUGCGUUAGAUGGCCUGGACGUGUCGGUAAAACGAAUAUUGAUAAAUGUAAAGGGUAAAAAUGGCAUUCAACAACAACUUGAAGCUAAAACAACCGAUGGAAACGCAAUGACACCACUUUUAUUAGCAACUGCUGCUGGAAAACUCGAUGUUUUGCAAUGUUUACUAGGAUACGAAGCUGACUACAAUGCAAAAGACGUUAAUGGACAUGGGAUGGCUGCCAUUGCCGCUUUGUCGCAAAAUGAACGAACACUCAAAUUUAUCAUUGAACUUCAGUUACCGAAUUAUAAUGUUUGGAAACCAAUACUAAAUCUUCUUCAGUCAUCAGACAAAGGGGAAAGUGCUGCGUGUGGUCGUACACUCGAAUUAUUAACUCGUCGUUCGAAAGAUGGUCUAUUAAGUGCCUAUUGGAUACCGUUGUUAGACAAUGGUUUAUUACAGUGCUUAAUUAAUGUAUUAAACAAAUCAAAGUCUGACGAUGUUUUGAUCAGUUGCUAUUUGAUAAUUUUAAACGGUGUAGAUUCACAACGUAUUAAAUCGAAACUUGGAUUAAUUGAAAACGCAUUCACAUCAAUAAUAAAGCAUAUAAAAUCGUCAAAUGCGAAGAUCGUCACAGCUAUUGGUUGUGUAUUAUCCAGCAUUAGUGAAGAGAAAUCACUCAUUGAGCAGAUGGUCGAACAAGGUGUUAUCCAAGCGGUUGUAAGUCUUAUAGAAAAAUAUCAUUUACCGCAAAUGAUAUAUCCUUAUUUUGAUUGUCUUGGCCACAUCGCAUCAACGUCUCAAGAUAGACAACAUGAAAUUGCCCAUUUACCAUGUUUUAUGGAUACGAUUGUCAAUUAUCUUCGAGAAUUUGAUCAACAAUUAAAUUUGUCUGUUGUGCGUUUUGUUCGUGAUUUAUCAAAGGGAAAUAAAGAUGUACAAAACAUGCUUGCUCAACAUGAUGUAUGCGAAUAUUUAUUAAGCGCUCUCACUUCAUCAUUCAAAGAUCUUCAGCAGGUGGCCAUCGAAGCUAUUCAAGCCGUAUCAGAGAAUAAUCCAUCUGUUCAACAUAUUAUGUUAAGGAAAAAUGCCGUUGAACAAUUGUGGAUGUUAUUAGAUAAAACAAGUAUGCCAAAUUUACAAACGAGACUUUUAUGUACAUUAUGGACAUUAACAGGAGAAAAAUCAACAAAAAAAAGAGAUAUAGCGACAAAAAUUGGUGUAAAAAACUUAGUGACAUUUUACUCAAUUAAAUCAGAGGAUCAUUUAUUUGUUAUCACUGAUAUUUUGUAUGAACUGGCUAGAAGAACGGCGAAUAUAAAAAUGAAUAUACAAGAAGAAAUUAGUCAAACAUAUGGUAUUCAACACUUAAUUCGAUUAUUAAAUUCAGAUGAUGAAAAACUUGUUUUGUGUGCAAUACGAACAUUAUCUUAUCUCGCCGUUGGUCCUGGAUUUGUACCGAAUCGAAAAAAUCAAGAGAUAAUUUUAAAAAGCGAUGGUAUCCCGGUACUUGUCGCAUUGAUGAUGUAUGCUAAAAGUGAAAUUAUUCAAGCAGAAGCCGGACAAGCAUUAGCUUAUGUCGCACUCACUAAUUCACAAUGUUCGACAGUAAUCGAGAAUACAUUAAAUUUUUCAUAUGGUCAUAUAAUAAAUAUGAUCAAAACAUCAGCAGAUUCAACUAUUCAAUUAAUUGCAUCGAAUACAUUGGCAACAUUUGCCUAUAAUAAUUCACGUGUGCUUUUGAAUCUAUGUGAAACAUACAGUUUAUCGUUUGAUUAUUUUAACAAGUUUUUAACCAGCUCAGAUGAUUAUUCACGGUGUUUAGCAGCAUUUCAAAUCGUUGUAUUAAGUGGUUUGAUAUCAGAACGAAAACAAUCGAUCACAAACGCCCUUGGCUGUGGUAACAUUACAGAUAUUUUGAGAAUGUCAAAAUCUGAUGAUAAUCGAGCUUUAUCAGCGGACUGUAUCGCAAGACUUUCACAUUUGAAGUCAGACAGAUGUUUUAAAGUAGGUGUUACACAAGCAUUGAUUGCCGUUGAUUGUGUCGACUUAUUGUGCGAUUUAUUCUCGUCAGUUAAUGAUAUUGCCAUUGGUAAUGCGGCUCUUGCACUCGGAUAUCUAAGUUUAGUUCCAGAAGGCCAGCGAAAGCUAUUACAUCGAUGCCGUGCUGAGCCCGAUAUAAUGCCACUUUUAAAAUUUUACAAUUGUCUGCCCAAUCAAACAUCAAGAUUAUCACUAAAUCUUAUUGAAGAUUGGAAUCGUUAUCAAACAUUCAAUAUGCCUAAAUUACGAUGUCAAAAAACUAUUUCUCAUACUAGUUAUUCUGCGCCGAUACGCAAUCGAACUUUUACUAUAAAUUCUCAAUCAGAACAGAUAUUUAGUGUUUUCUAA